CGGAGUAAGCCAUCUCACAAUGCCAGUUCCACAAUCCGAGCAACUCGUAAAGCUUUUGGAAGUUCAGAGUGUAAAGCUGAAUGAAGUGCAAAACAAUUUGAGACUGAAUCGAUAUAAAGCUCAACAAGAUAUUCGUCAAGCAAUCGCUGCAAUGAUUGUAUCACUUAGAGAACGCGAAAGACAACUUAUUGGAGAUCUAGAUAGAGCAUUCUAUAAAAAAGAAGGAAAACUCGUGAACCAGAUGGAUAUUGUUGCCGAAGAACUUGCCGCUUGUAAUCUUGGGCUCCCUGCUGGCAAUUCUAUUCUGAAUGUGGAUGAUGACGUACGUCUUGAGCUGGAUCUUCCGAUCUCAGACAUCAGAGCUAUGCACGAACGUAUUCUCAAGAUGGGAGAAAUUCGAAUUUCACAAAAUUGUCAACGACUUCCAAUGAAGAAGGUCGGACGUACUUUGCCUCUUGAUAUGGAAUCAUAUGACGACGACAACAUGUGGCUUUUGACCAAGAAGAGCAAAACUGACACAUCUCCUGAAACUCCACACGAAGUUGAUACUGUGAAGAGUUGGCUGAGCCGUCUACCAGAUGGAAAUGCUGCUCUCAACGUCGACUUAUCGUCUUUUGUAAGCGGAGAAUCGAAAAGUGAAAGCUCGGAGAGCAAUGCAAGUUCAUUUGAACUUCUAAAUGAAGUGGCAAUGUGCUUGAAGUAUACUGCCAACGCCGACAAGGCAUUCCGUGAUAGAAUUGAAACUAUUCACAACGAGCCAGCUAGUAAAUGGUUACUUCAUUCCGAUGAAGAAAGCUCUUCAACACACCUACCACGCCCUCCAGUUCCAGCAAGAUUCCGAGAUGAUGGUGAAGACAACGAGGAUGAUUUUGAGAGAGAGGACAUCAAUACCGAAUGCUCAUCUGACUCAUUCAAAUUCAUCGAUGUUAUCAGCAAACUUCAAAAUUCCGAAAAUUCCAAAUGGCUACAAGCACAACCAACAACUAUAGAAAUGAAUGAAGAUGAAGAUCAAAGCCCUGCCGCAAAUCACAGAAGAUUCGUUCAGAAGUAUUGCCAAUAAUGGUGUUUUUUUUUAAUUUCAUUUUUGAGCCAGUUCAUCAAUAAUAAACAAAUUGUACAGUU